GGACGCCAUCUUUGUCGAGGGCAGAGCAGCUCUCCAUUGAAGAGGAACACACGGCAUUGGCGUUGCAGCAGCUCAGUCCCUACAGAAAGGGGUUGAUGGUGGUUCGCUGUUGAAAUUCGCAGACAGAUACUUCAUUACUGACGGUCGUCUACCGACUACGGGAUCAGCUUCCCCCAGACUUCCAAUAAAACCCACUCUUCCCAGUUGGAGAUCAGCUCCACCCAGCACACCCAGCAGCCAUGGCAGAUGAUGCGGAUAUGCGCAAUGAGCUCUCUGACAUGCAGCAACGUGCAGACCAGCUGGCCGAUGAGUCACUGGAGAGCACCCGGCGUAUGCUGCAGCUUGUGGAAGAGAGUAAAGAUGCUGGUAUCAGGACUUUGGUUAUGCUGGAUGAACAGGGAGAACAACUCGAUCGUGUUGAAGAUGGCAUGAACCAUAUCAACCAAGACAUGAAGGAGGCCGAGAAAAAUUUAAAAGAUUUAGGGAAAUGCUGUGGCCUUUUCAUAUGUCCGUGUAACAAAAUGAAGAGCGGAGCCAGCAAGGCCUGGGGAAACAACCAGGACGGAGUGGUCGCGAGCCAGCCCGCCCGUGUGGUGGAUGAGCGCGAACAGAUGGCCAUCAGCGGAGGCUUCAUCCGCAGGGUAACAGAUGACGCCAGGGAAAAUGAGAUGGAUGAGAACUUAGAGCAGGUGGGAGGCAUCAUUGGUAACCUGCGCCACAUGGCCCUUGAUAUGGGCAACGAGAUUGACACCCAGAAUCGCCAGAUCGACAGGAUCAUGGAGAAGGCUGAUUCCAACAAGACCAGGAUCGACGAAGCCAACCAGAGGGCCACAAAGAUGCUCGGCAGUGGCUAAGCCUCUGGUCCGCCUGCUUUUACCAACCGUGCAGUUUGUCAAAGGCAAUGCGCUUAUCAUGGUAUUUACCUUCUAGGUUUGCACACAUGCACAUAUCACCCGGCCCCCAUUGUAAAUGUCGUUCUAUGUGUCGUCUGUCAGCUUUUUCAAUGAUUGUCCUCGUAAAAUGAUUUCUUAUACUCUGUAUCAUUCUUUCCAAAGGUUGUAUAUAGUGCUGACUCGAUGGCUCUUGCUCACUUGUGAAGUUUUUAUUCUCUUUAUUGCCUGUAUACAUAUACGUAUGUAUGUAUACAUAUAUCCGCUUGUAUGUGUAUACAUAUAGCCUAUGUGUAUAUAUAUAUAUAUAUCGAAUUUUUGCUGGAGGAACUAUAUAGGAAUGCUAUACAAGCUGUCUUUCCUUUUCAGUAUCUCAGUAUCGUCUUGGUAAAACUGUGUCACACCACUCGGCUACUGUCAUGCUCCUUAUUUUGAUGUUGUCAUGACAAUGAAGAAUGGGAAAAAAGAUUUUGCAAAUGAUAUUAAUACAACAAGCACUUACAAUCAAUGUCCUUGGUUCAUAUCCCCUCAUCACAACCAUAAUCAGUUACUGUUUAGACAAUGUGCAACUAGAUUCUGUAGCUGUAGUAGUAAAAACAUUGCAUUCCAAGUGAUGUGAAUUGUGCGUUAUGCAUGACAAAUGGUAGAUCUUAGCGUCUUAUAAAUAAAUCUUGUUUUUAAAAGAUGACAAAAAAAAGAAAAAAAAAAAAUCAUGGCAGUAGCAAAAUUGACAAAAGCAUGCUCAGUAUUAGGACACAGUGGAACGUUCCAUAUUACUGCAAGUUUGCAAUAGUGCCACCAUUUCAGUCGAUAUAUAUUCACAGACUGUGACCUUUGUUGUAAAAUAAUGCAAAAGUGACUUAAAGAGGAAACGCGAUGGGUGGGAACGAGACGAGGCUGGUGUGGCGGUCCUGCAAAAAAUGACUUGUUUUCUAAAAUGAAUAUGCAGUUUGGUGUAGAAAAUGAUGUUCUGAAAGGUGGGGACUGGUUGUUUACUGUAUCAUAGGUUUUGGAUGCUCUGAAAAAAAUAAAUAAAUCAUUUGCAAUGUAAAGCAAAGACGCAUAUUUCUGAGAGACCUUACUUUUAUAAGAAGACUGUAUCCUGUUAGUUUACUUUCCCCCGUGUGGUUUGUUAUUGGUAAAAAAUGAUAAUAAUCCAUAACAAAAAAAAAGGGUUUUUUUUUGUUGCUUCUGUACUUAGAGCUAUGCACACCAAAUCACUAAGAUGUUGAAUAGUUAUUAUAAGAAGUCAAAUAAAUACCUUACCUGAAUGACACAUAGGUUAAACUGUGAGAUUGAUGUCCUCAACGCAUGUAAUAUUAAAACUCCCUCUGUAUCCUGUCAGUCUGUGAAGUGGUUGACAUUUUGUAGCUAGCUGAAUUGAUUAAAAGUAAUAAACCCCUAA